AUGCCCUUAAGUCAGUCAACCCAGCACGCUCAGAAAUGGGUAGACUCUCAAGACCUGGAGAGAUCUGACAGCACACAGAGGUAAGCAAAGAUACUUCUCAUCCCUCAAACCCUUCCUUUCACCAUCCAGUAUAAGAAUCUUGUGUACUUCGAACUUGCACCCUCAGAUGUCCACAGGUGUUGAGCGACAGCUGAGUAAGACAAGACAUUCACCUGUCAAUCGAAAUCCAAGGCUCUGUAAUCACGGUCCAAUCAAAUUUUAAUUUAAAAUUUGCUGUCCACCCUUCACUUGCUUUGUCUCUGUCUCUUAUCUCUCUUCCCUUCUGCAACAUCUUCAGGUUAACCAGCUAAUGGCUUCUUCAGCUCUCGAGUGCGAUCAAGGAGUUCGCUAUCAAUUGAUCCCUUUGUCAAAGAUGAGACUCCCGCUGUAAAGAAGGCAAGACUGCGUGACCAGACACAGGACCCUGACGAACUGUCAAGCAUCACUGUCAAGACAGCUACCACUCCGUCAGCCUCUGCUGAAUUCGUUGUAAGUGACUUCACUCUCUCCUAAUUGACCCAACCAGUACACUGGUUUGUUACAGGAUCCAAGUGACUGAGUAGGCACACCUCUUGGUGUACCUUUUGGUUUGGUGGUUCAUGCAUGCCUACCAUUUCUACACUUCUUUCCUACCUCCAAAAAUAUGUUCUAACGCGCUGUAGUGGGAACCAUCUGAGAUCCAAGUAGGCACCUACAAAGAGUGCAAUAAAGUUGCUAUCUUCGCCAAGUUGAACAACGCAACGAAUUCAGCUGUUUCCUUUAAGAUUAACCUGCAGGAAGCUGAUCGUCUAUCUAACAUUAAGUUCGCCAAGGAGACGAUGAAGUAUGAACAGGUCAACUUCGCACCUGAAUUCAACAGAGAUUCACCAGCUGAAACUAAAGCAUACAUCAAAGAGAAAUUCACCCGAGUCCCUAGACCUCAUCUGGAUCCUCUGGUCAAGAGAUCAAAGGAUGAUGACCCAAUUUCUGAAAAGCCAGUUCUAGCUGCUAUUUUGGACCAAUACAAGGAGGCUUCUAGCUCUCCGGGAAUCAGUGUACGCGACUCAAAUGGUGAAUAAGAGCUCUUCCAUACUGAAGAAUAAAAUUAAUCUUACGAUUGCAGGAUCUAAUAACCUCACUCGCAACGCAAUAUCCGCCCUAGUCGUUGAACCAGAAUCAGUCCAAUUGCCACCUUCGCCCAUUGAUUCAAGUACUAUUCGCAGCCAACAAAGACAAUCCUUGACAGCUAUACUUUCUGGCUUUGAAGAACACGUCACCGGAGAAUUCAAGAUGAAUGUAAAGAACGCCAUCAAUGGUAUUGAUAACCGUCUAAAUUACGAACUAAAUAAACAAGACAAGCUUGUUCAACAUUACGAAAAAAAGUGUGCUGACUUGGUCGAGAAAAUCACAACCCAGAAGCGCAUCAUUGACGAGUACGAGCGAAGAUACGGAGAUUUGAGCGACCCAGUCCCUAAUUCAAUGAACAGUUACACCAAUGAACUUGCAAGGACCCCCUCAUCCGUUCAACGAAAUGGAAAAGUCCUAGCGCACACGUCAAACCUGGAGAUGAAGAGAUUUGAACUCAUUGAUGGAAAUCGUGUUAAUGGUGGCAUGAUGACGGAAAAGGUAGCACGACGCGUCAUGUAUAAGGAUAAUUUGUUUGAGGAAACAGUUGUGGUGGAGGAACUGAUCAAUUACACGGCGAAGGGAACUUUCCAUAGUACCACAAUAAUCGAUGGUAGACCUUUCACUACAUUUCUGCAGCGUGAUGGCACCUUCAGAUAUCUCGAAUCUCCUAACCCAGGAAAUGAUGGUAUCGCUACAGCAGAUGGUGGACGUAAGGUAUGUAUUUUUCCCUUUUAGAUGGGGAUCAGUCAUUGCUCCCGGCAUCCCUUGCUCACUACAAUUUUCGUUAUAAAUAUUUGGCUAUUUCAGUUUUUGUUUUUUCCAAGGAAAAUUAUGACUGUCCAAGCUAACCGAAUAUUUUAAUAUUUUGCAGUUCGCGAAGUGGACCCUUCUCAAGCCCGCCUCUGAGCCUGAGUACCCAGAUGGUGACGCCCUCCCAGUCUGAUCUUACUCGCACGUCUGGCUCCAAAACUAGAGCGAUGGCGCAAAUACUAAAAAAACAAAUUGGGAUUUUUUUCUAUCUCCGCUACAGAUCUCAGGAUUUGGGCUUCUGCAGUUUUCUCGAAUGGGCAAGGUGGUUUCGAAUAAUAGCAUCUUUGCGUACUCCAGUUUGCCGUUGAUCCUGUUUCAUGUGGGUUAUCUUGACGAAGGAAAGAAUGGGUUUCCGUGACGUAUAAUACUCUAGGGAUGGUGAUCUGUUAAUACCUUGGGGUUUUGUUUUGCUGGAGGGCGGAAAACACGGGUUUCGUUGUGG